UUUUCCAAAAAAAUCAAUUAUCUUCCUCCUCCAGAUCUGUCUCGAAGACCGUUUACCAAAUCCGCCUGAGCCAUGGAGAAACCGUACGGAUACGCGAGCGUGAGCAUGAGCGGCGUAGAUCGCUCCGCCGGGAAGGAUAUCGAUCUUGAGAUGGGAGAGGCGACGCUCUACCCUGGGCUAAGCUACGGCGAGAAUCAACUCCGGUGGGGAUUCAUCCGCAAGGUCUACGGGAUCCUCUCCGCCCAGCUCCUCCUAACCACGCUUAUCUCCGCCGUCGUCGUCCUUAAUCCUCCGGUCAACGAUCUCCUAACCGGAUCUCCCGGACUUCUCCUCUUCCUCUGCAUCAUCCCUUUCGUCUUGAUCUGGCCUCUGCACGUUUACCACCAGAAGCAUCCUGUUAACCUCAUCCUCCUUGCCCUCUUCACUAUCUCCUUGAGCUUCACCGUUGGUGUCAGCUGUGCUAUGACAGAAGGAAGAAUCGUCCUUGAAGCCUUGAUAUUGACACUGUCCGUGGUCGGAUCUCUAACCGCAUACACUUUCUGGGCUGCAAAGAAAGGAAAAGACUUCAGCUUCCUUGGACCCAUUCUCUUCACCAGCCUCAUCAUUCUUGUAGUGACCAGCUUCAUGCAGAUGUUCUUCCCGCUUGGCCCGACCUCUGUUGCAAUAUAUGGAGGAGUCAGCGCGCUGGUGUUCUGCGGAUACAUAGUCUAUGAUACCGACAAUCUCAUCAAGCGUUUCACAUAUGACGAAUACAUCCUCGCAUCGGUGGCUCUCUACUUGGACAUCCUCAAUCUCUUCUUGACCAUAUUGCGUAUUUUGAGGCAAGGUGACAACUGAAGGAAGCCAUACAAGAUGAGGCUUCUGUGAUGGGAUUUACAUUUUGUGUAUAUCUGACUUAUGUUUCGAGUUUUUUAUUUUACUAUAUGCUGCUAUGUGGUUAAACUGUUUGGUAAAACAAAAUCAAUUGAAGUCAAAUUUUCAAUGUUAAAUAAAUUUGGUAGAUUUUAAUAGC